AUGCCCAUGAAGCUAGUUAAUUUCCUCAAAAAACUUCGUAACGAACAGGUUACUGUCGAACUUAAGAAUGGUACCACCGUUUGGGGGACUCUUCAAACCGUUUCACCACAGAUGAAUGCUACACUAACAGACGUGAGGCUUUCACUACCCCGUUCUACUUCGAAUUCUAGUACUCUGGCUAGUGUUUAUCUUUCAGAUGGAUCACUGAGCCAAAAUGAACCUUCGACAACAUCUUUACAAUACAUCAACAUUAGAGGUAGUACAAUAAGACAGAUAAUACUUCCUGAUUCUUUGAAUAUAGACUCACUCUUGGUUGAUGAAAGACAGUUAAAUAAAUUGAGAAGAGCUGGUAAGGUUAGUAAUGAUUCCAAUAAGAAGAGAAGAGCAGAUUUUGGUGAAAAUACCAAUAAGAGAAUUAGAAGAGGAGUUUAA